GAUCUUUGAUCUUCUCUCUGAAUCACUCUCCAUUCUGCUCGCCGUUUAUAGCACCGAUCCAUUGUACCUCGACGAUUUUCGCUCGUCGAUCACCGGAAAAUGGUGUCCUACCCCGGUACUCUCCGAUUAGACAGUCUCCUUUCUUCGACUUUCCGGAGGAAAUCGUCAUCGAAUGCAACCGUUUCUGCUCGACUGGUUUCCCUGUCUCCGCUUCCAUCAUCUUCUCCUCUACGCACUCCUAAAUUGCCUCUCAAAAUGAUUCCGUCUUCGAUUCCACAUUCGCGUUUGUUCAUCUGCAACUCCUCUUCUACCGCCAUUGCCGAGCCCGAAGGCAUCAAGAUUAGCUCAGUGUCUACCAAACCAAUGGAAGGGCAGAAAACGGGGACGAGUGGUCUCCGGAAAAAGGUUAAAGUUUUUAUGCAAGAGAAUUAUCUUGCGAAUUGGAUCCAGGCACUGUUUAAUUCAUUGCCGCCAGAAGAUUAUAAGAAUGGGGUGUUGGUGUUAGGAGGUGAUGGUCGUUACUUUAACAAAGAAGCUGCACAGAUAAUUAUCAAAAUUGCUGCUGGAAAUGGUGUUGGAAAAAUUUUAGUUGGCAAGGAAGGUCUUAUGUCCACACCAGCUGUUUCUGCUGUGAUUCGGAAGAGGAAGGCCAAUGGUGGAUUUAUCAUGAGUGCGAGCCAUAAUCCUGGAGGUCCUGAAUAUGACUGGGGUAUCAAGUUUAAUUACAGUAGUGGACAACCUGCUCCUGAAUCCAUCACUGACAAGAUUUAUGGAAACACGCUCUCUAUCACUGAGAUUAAAACAGCAGAGAUUCCUGAUGUUGAUCUUUCUUGUCUUGGUGUUACAAAGUAUGGGAACUUCAGUGUUGAAGUUGUAGAUCCAGUUUCCGACUAUUUGGAAUUAAUGGAGAGUGUGUUUGAUUUCCAACUCAUCAAAAGUCUUCUCUCAAGAUCAGAUUUCAGGUUUACAUUUGAUGCCAUGCAUGCGGUUACUGGUGCAUAUGCAAAACCCAUCUUUGUGGACAAGCUAGGAGCCAAACUGGAUUUCAUAUCAAAUGGAGUGCCACUUGAGGAUUUUGGACAUGGUCAUCCAGAUCCUAAUCUGACGUAUGCUAAGGAUUUGGUCAACAUUAUGUACAGCAAGAAUGGACCUGAUUUUGGAGCGGCCAGUGAUGGAGACGGUGACAGAAACAUGAUUCUAGGUAAAAGAUUUUUUGUUACUCCUUCGGACUCAGUUGCUAUUAUUGCUGCCAAUGCACAGGAAGCCAUCCCCUAUUUCAAGAAUGGUCCUAAGGGUUUAGCACGGUCUAUGCCAACAAGUGGUGCCCUUGAUCGUGUUGCUGAAAAAUUGAAUCUUCCAUUUUUUGAGGUUCCCACAGGCUGGAAAUUUUUUGGAAAUCUUAUGGAUGCUGGCAAGUUGUCAAUUUGUGGGGAGGAAAGUUUUGGUACAGGGUCUGAUCACAUCCGUGAGAAGGAUGGGAUAUGGGCUGUGUUAGCUUGGCUUUCAAUUAUUGCAUAUAGAAACAAAGACAAGAAACUGGGGGAGAAAUUGGUUUCUGUCUCUGAUGUUGUCAAAGAACAUUGGGCAAAAUAUGGAAGAAACUUCUUUUCUAGAUAUGAUUAUGAAGAAUGUGAAUCUGAAGGAGCUAACAAAAUGAUAGAACAUCUUAGAGGUCUCAUCUCGAAAAGUGAGGCUGGUGAAAAGUUUGGAAAUUAUGUCCUUAAAUUUGCAGAUGACUUUACCUAUACAGAUCCUGUGGAUGGAAGUGUUGCAUCAAAGCAAGGUGUCCGGUUUGUUUUCACAGAUGGAUCAAGGAUCAUAUUCCGUUUAUCUGGAACUGGAUCAGCAGGUGCAACCAUCCGAAUCUACGUCGAACAAUUUGAGCCUGAUGUUUCAAAACACGAAAUGGAUGCCCAAGAAGCACUGAAACCAUUAAUAGAUUUGGCGUUGUCUGUAUCCAAACUGAAAGACUUCACAGGAAGGGAGAAACCUACAGUCAUCACAUAAAGCAUAGAAAGGUUGGACAUUCCAUCUUUCCUGCCCCAGUUUAUGUCACACGUUAUUUUAUUUCAGUUUUGCUUGUAUGCUAUCUAAUCUGGAAUAGUGGGACAAUAAAUCACUCAAUGUAGUUCGCGCAAAUUAAAGCUAUGGAAGUAAAAUAUAUUCUUUUAGUGUUAGUUUUGAUGAAAAUUUACUGAAGUAGAUUGCAAAGAUAUAAAGUUGUGAGAUGUAUUUAGUAACACAAGUGACAGUUGAAAAGUCUU